AUGUCUGACUUGGAAGAUGACUUGCUAGCUUUGGCAGGAGGUGAGGAUUACGAAUCUGACGUUGGUUCAACUACCUCAAAACGUAGCAAUUUGGAAUAUGAAUCUGAUGAUGAUGAUACUGUUUUAGCCAAACGCCGUAAACUUGAAUCAGAUGCAGGGGACUACGUUGCAGAGGGUGAAGAAGAGCUUGAAUUGGUGAAUCCUUACCCGUUGGAAGGUAAAUAUAAGGAUGAACAAGAUCGUGAGGAGUUGGAGGCAAUGGAUGAAAUCAAAAGGGAAGAGAUUCUUUUCGAAAGAUCCCAGGAGAUGGACAAGUUCAAGGAACGCCAGUAUUUGCAACAACGUAUGAAGGCACAAAGGGAGCCAAAACAAGGUCGUACUGAGAAUUUGAGAAGUUCAACUCGUCUGAAGACUGGUGGUGCCAAGUCAAAGAAGGAAUCCAAAUUAAGUGAGUUGAAGAAGGAGAGAGAAAAGCAUACGAGAAAAAAGACUAGAAAAUCCGAUGAUUAUGAGGAAGAAUCUGAUGAAGAUGAAGAAGACGAGGAGGGAGAAGACGAGGACGAGGGAUUGUUGGAGGAUGAUGAAGACGCAUACAAUGACGAAAGUGAAACUGAAGUUAUGUGGGGUGGUGUAUCAAAGACAAAACGCAAGAGACUGACAGAAUUGGCUAAAUUGGAGGAUAUAAAUCGAAUCAAAGUGGGGAGAAGUUUGUUAUCACAGUAUUGUUACCAUCCAGGAUUUGAUGAUACUGUAUUGGACACGUAUACUAAAGUUAAUCUUGGAGUAGAUAAGGUGACUCGAACUCCGAUGUACAGAAUGGUUAAAAUCAUUGAUAUGAAGACAAGGCCAGAAAAAUCUUAUCGAAUUGGAAGUUCAAAGUAUGAUUUGUACUUUUUGGUUAGCCAGAACAAGAACCAAAAGAAACCAUUUGCUAUGAAUUUAUUUUCUGAUUCACCUAUAACACAAGAAGAAUUCGAUAGGUAUUUGAAUGAACUUGAUAAAACUGGUGAAACUAUUGAUUUGCUUGAUGAUGUUAAUGACAAAUAUAAUCAACUACAAACUUUGUUUAAUAAAGGAUUAACUGAUGAAGAUAUAAAUGAAAUGAUUACUAGAAAACAGCGUAUGCUGCGACAAAGCGGUAAUUAUACAAGUUAUGAUGCUGUCAAGACAAAGGCUAGAUUAAUGGAUGAAUUGAAGAUUUAUAAGCAACAAGGUAAUUUACAGAAGACUAAAGAAAUUAUUGAAGAAUUGAAAGAUAUUAAUAAUGUAUUACAAGAUCAAAAUUUCAAUACAUCAUCAACAUCAUCAUCAUCACAAUCCAAUAUUGCUAAAGUCAACGAACGGAAUCGUAAAUUAAAUCAAGAAAAUAUAAGAAAAGCUGAAAUCAAAUUUAAAUCAGAUAUACAAAAUCAAUCCAAUCAAGACGGAGAUCCAUUUUCUCGAUUGAAAACAGUUACUCGUAUGUUUUAUCAAGAUUUAAUCAAUGAAGAAAAUGCCAAAGCUUUAAAAGAUGUUAAUAUGCAAGAAUUGAUCGAUGAAAGAACAAAACAAGAGGCAAAAAUCGCUAAGUCUAGUUAUCGAGAUUUAGGAGAAGUGGAUAAAUUGAUUAAACUGAUUGACAUAGAUAUUGAAUUGCUUAUAUAG